GUUUUUCAAUACACAGGUACAUCGGCACCAGGUUUGACAAGAUAAACGAACAUUUGGAAUGUCUGUUGGUGAAAGAGGAAAAUGAAUUAAAAUGUUCACAAAGAAAAGCCAUAUCGAUCACGCGUCGAUAUAACAUAUGUACUCACAAUUACAAGCGCGUGGUGUGGACUUCAAUGCAUCUUCAUUUGGAAUUGUAUCAAAUCGUUCGCCAAUUAAACGUAAUGUUUGGAAUACAAAUUACUAUGGAAUUAGGAGCCUAUAUGAUAUUAAUAAUAAGACUAUCUAACUACAUUUACUUACAUAUAAAAACAAAAGGUCGUUUCAUAGUUACAUCACUCGAUUGGUUGUACCUUUCUUACUGGAUAUUCUUACAUGUGGCUAAGAUCUUUUUCUUUAAUUAUAUCUGCGAAACUGUUAGUGCUAAGUCUAAUAAAAUAAAAGGAGUACUUCAUCAAUUGACAGACCUUCACCAAUAUACUGAUAUUCGUGACGAGAUACAUCAGUUUACAUUACAAAUGAUAUAUCAUCCGUUGAAGUUAACAGGACUGGGUCUUUUCUAUUUUGGCAAUAGUUUUCUACGAAAAUUUGUCAUUACAAUUGCAACAUUUAUUAUCAUUAUAAUGCAGAUGUCUCCUAUACCAUUCAUUGCACAAGGUGCAAUAUGGUGAACAAUUAAAUAAGAAUCGUCGUCUUUAAAAUAUAUUUUGUUGUGAUUAAUAAA